GGUUUGGCGGCGGGCGGCCAUUUUACGUCUGGCUGAAGACGAAUCGCGCGCGAACUGCCUCUGGUGCCAGCGGCAGAUCGUGGUUUAGUCUUAUACUUUCUCUCGCUUAGCCGUCGUCAUGGGACGGAAGAAGAAGAAGCAGUUGAAGCCUUGGUGCUGGUAUUGUAACAGGGAUUUUGAUGAUGAGAAAAUUCUUAUUCAGCAUCAAAAGGCAAAGCACUUUAAAUGCCAUAUAUGCCAUAAGAAAUUGUAUACUGGACCUGGCUUAGCUAUACAUUGUAUGCAGGUACAUAAAGAAACAAUAGAUGCUGUUCCAAAUGCUAUACCUGGAAGAACUGACAUUGAACUGGAAAUUUAUGGAAUGGAAGGCAUUCCAGAGAAGGACAUGGAUGAACGGAGAAGGCUGCUUGAACAAAAAACACAAGCAGAAAGCCAGAAAAAGAAACAACAGGAUGAUUCUGAUGAAUAUGAUGAUGAUGAAUCUUCAGCAUCAACCUCAUUUCAGGCACAGCCUGUGCAACCCCAGCAGGGAUAUAUACCACCAAUGGCACAGCCGGGUUUACCUCCUGUGCCAGGUGCACCAGGAAUACCUCCAGGUAUACCACCAUUAAUGGCAGGUGUUCCUCCAAUGAUGCCAGGAAUGCCUCCAGUGAUGCCUGGAAUGCCACCUGGGAUGAUGCCGAUGGGUGGCAUGAUGCCUCCAGGGCCAGGAAUUCCACCUCUCAUGCCUGGUAUGCCACCAGGUAGGUCAGGAGUGACGAAUCCAUACUGUGGUAUGCCUCCACCUGUUGGUCCUCGCCCGGGUAUGCCUCCCAUGACACAAGCACAGCCUGUGACUGCACCAGGUGUUCUUAACAGACCUCCAGCUCCUGUCAUCGCAGCACCAAAUCCUCAGCCUCCGGUUACUAAGCCACUUUUUCCAAGUGCAGGACAAAUGGGGACACCUGUCACAAGCUCAAGUACAACUUCAUCCAAUUCAGAACUGUCAGCACCUUCUAAAGCUCUGUUUCCUAGCACAGCACAAGCUCAGGCAGCUGUUCCAGGUCCAGUUGGUACAGAUUUCAAACCUUUGAAUAAUGCACCUGCAACUACCACAGAACCCCCAAAACCUACAUUCCCUGCUUACACACAGUCUACAACUUCAACCACUAGUACAACAAACAGUACUGCAGCUAAACCUGCUACAUCUAUAACAAGUAAGCCUGCUACACUUACAACAACCAGUGCAACCAGUAAGUUGAUCCAUCCAGAUGAGGAUAUAUCAUUGGAAGAAAGAAGAGCACAGUUGCCUAAAUAUCAGCGUAACCUCCCUCGGCCAGGGCAGGCAUCCAUGGGCAAUCCACCAGUUGGACCAAUUGGAGGUAUGAUGCCACCACAACCAGGAAUUCCUCCUCAGCAGCAAGGAAUGAGACCUCCAAUCCCACCUCAUGGUCAGUAUGGUGCUCAUCACCAGGGCAUGCCAGGAUAUCUUCCUGGUGCAAUGCCUCCAUAUGGUCAAGGGCCCCCAAUGGUGCCUCCUUACCAAGGUGGACCUCCUCGACCUCCAAUGGGAAUGAGACCUCCUGUAAUGUCGCAAGGUGGCCGCUACUGAUGCUACUACAAACGCUCUAAUAGGUUUUUAGAAGUGAAGUAUAGUAAAUAUGGUUCGUUAAAUUGUGAAGGCGCUGGAAUUACAUGAACAUACCAUCUUAAAGCCCUGCCAUAGGACAGGCUGAGGCAGAGUCUCAGUGUUGCCCUGUUCAGUCUGAGGCAAGUGGGAUUUAUUUUAUUCAUUCUAGGGGCUUUCACAGCUUUAUAGCUGUUGGAUAUUUAUGUCCCCAAACUUGCAGCAAGUUUGGUGAAGGCUCCUACCUUUAAUUUAAUUUAGGAUUUUUAUAAUCUUUUCAUGGGCUCUAUAUUAAUAUUGACAUUCUGGCUUGUGUGUGCUCAAUUAACUGUUAGAAAUCUUGAAAUGGGACACUUGCUGUUCAAAUAUUCUUGUUUCAGUCCUCCAGUCACCUUCCCCUCUGAAACAUGGUGUGGUGAUGCUGUCUUUUAACAGUGAGAUGGACAUGCCUUUGAAAUGGUGUCAUGAAUUAAAAGAAGUUCAAGAAUUCUGUUGCCUGGAUUAAUACUGUUUUUUAAAAACCCAUGUUAUGAUUAAUUUUCCCCUUGACACAUGCCUCUAUAGUCUGCUUCACCUAAAUUUAUGAAAUAAUGUUCAAUGGUUUAUCAUAAGGAAAUAUUAAUGUAGAGCCUGCAGAGUGGAGGAAAAUGCAGAUGGGAGUUUUGUAAGAUGGGAAAAUGUUUAGUAGGAAACAAUUUUAUCAGCCUAUCUUGAGAGGUAUUUAAAGACCUUAAUAUAUGCAAUAUUUAUAUGCUCUGGAAAAUAAACAUUCACAUUUGGGAAUUUUACUGUUUUAAUAAUGUUUCAUUAUCAAACUUGUGCUGAGUUCAUAUGAAAAAACUUCAGCAACUGUAUAGUAAAGGAUGUAAAACUCUGAGGAAUGUUGAUUAAGAUUUCUAUACAAAUUAUGUCUGCCUGUAGCAGCAACCCCUGAAACAAGUAUAGUUAUCAAAGAAGAAUACACAGGAUCUUCAAGACACUGAGAUUUUCUGGGUGUCUCUUCAGUUGCCCUCGCAGAUCCUCAAACUGCUUCUUAAACUCCACUUAGUUUUGAAAUGUUUGGGGGUUUGGCAUGAGAGCUCUUUCGAAAGGGAAAAUCUGAGAAAGUACCAUGUGCACACUGGUUUUAUUUUUCCUUUAGAGUCUUCUCACUCAAUCCUCAAACUGUUUUUUUGCCCUCAAGAACUGAUUAUUUUUCUUUCUUACCUAGAAAUGUCAUCUGUAUCUUGUAAUUUCAUUGAUGCACUCUUACAAUAUGCAGGACUACCUGUGUCAUGAUAAUUAGCGCAGUCACCUUUCCCUUUCACUCCUCUCUCUGUCACACAUGGAGAACCCUUUGUGGGCUUCUAACUUUCUAAUGAAAUUGUAAUCUUGACUAAUGUCUGGAAAGUUAAGUAUGAUUGCCUCACGAUUGAACAUAAACUGCAUUCAACUCACUAUUCAGUGAGUUGUCACUGUUGGACCCAUAACCCCUGAUACUUAAUGGAGAAGAUGGACACAGCUCUACAGGACAAAAUAAACCUAAACAACUUUACAUAAAUAUUGAAAUCUAUGCAUAAAUCAGUGCAUUUUGUCCCUUAAUAGCUAGCUUGUUGAAAUACGCUGUAUUACUGAAGAGACUUGAAAUAUAGAAGGGUUCUACUCAUGGCUUCUGUUAUCUUUGAAAUAUCCAUGAGAAAAAUAGCUGAUGUUCUAGAAUACCUUUAUUGUCACCAUAUAAUAAAACUGAUACAGAAAUGUGUGUCUUGAUCUAAAUGCAUGAUUUUAAACAGUCAUCACUUUAUAUAUAGGAGAAAAGUUCUUUAGUAUUGAAUAACCACUUUAUUGACACUUGACCUAUGUUUUAUGACCUUCAGCUAACAUCCAAUUAGUUUUCCUGGCCUAUGUUUUCAAACAGUGUUUGUGGUUGUAAUGAGAAGUGAGAGAUGUGUUGAAUGAAUGAAUGUGCCUAUUCAAACCAAGAGUAUGUAACACUUUUGCAAAGGUGAUCCUAUACAUUUUAUGGAUUUUCUUGCUAAGCUUUUGACUUAGAGAUUUAUAAAAUAAGCAUUUCCCUCCAGUAGAGAUAUUUUCUAGGGCUUUUGAAUAAACUUCAGUAAUAGCAUCUCAGGUGGCUCAUGGGAUGUUGAACCUCAUUCAUUCUGGUUUUAAAAUGAAAUGUUUGGCUAUUUUUUUAACUUGAGUUUUAGAUGUAAUAGAAUUUAGAUUUAGCCACUGUCCUGUAAAAUACAUUGUAGGAGUGUUUGCUCAGAUUUUAAAGUUGUUCUGCCCCCACAGAACUUCAAAAUGCUACCCAAACUCUCAUGUUGAAAAAAGCUAUUCUGGGAUUUUGUACACUAGCAAUUCGAAAGGCAACUGUCAUUGGUGCCCAUGUGGUAUUCCCUCUUAAUGCCCAACUUAACUUUUAAAAGCUGUAUUUUUCAAUGUUUCAGCAGCAGUUUGAGAGUUCUAUGUGGACAGCUCUAGAAUGGAAAUACCUUUGAAAAGUUUGUGUGUACCCAGAUGCCAUACACACAUAUUUGCAUUGCUGUUUUUAAGGUUUUAUUCUUAACACACCCUGGCUUGAAGUUACAAAGUAGCAUCAUGUGUUAGUAUUUUGUAUUGUUUGUAUUAUUUGAAACUGAGCGGAAAUUUGUUACAGUGUGCUGGCAAGACUUGAUUUCCCCUUCAUUCCAGGCCAGACUGCUGCUAUUAGAGGCGCUUAAACUUCAUGUGAAGCUUAUUCAUGGUGCCCCCCCGUGUGGAUCUGAGGAGAAUAUGUCAAAUGUUUUGAAACUUUAGACUAGUAUGUAUCAUAGUUACAGAUCUAGUUAGCUUUAGCAAUGCAAUGCUAGUCACCAAACAGUCUGAUAAUGUAAAGCAGCACUGAUUUUGGCUGCUCUAGCUAGAUUAAGCACAAUUUCCUUUAAAAUUGUAUGCACCUGUAUCUACUAAAGGAUGUGUAUUGUCACAGUAAAUUGCACAAUCACUUCAGACAUCUUGCUGAAUAACAUGCAGUUACACUGUGUUGGUUAAAACGAAUCUGUCUCAACAUAAUUAAGUGGAAUAAAGGAAUUAUUACUAGAACAGAAACAUAAGCUUUGCACCUCAUGUUAUGCAAAUGUUUUCUGCUGCUUUUUGAAAGAUAGUUUUAGAAGGCCCUAUUCUAAAGUUAAAGUGAACUCUUAUGUUAGCGGGUUCUUCCCCCUUCCACACAACCGUUUGUUGAUCUCUUGCUUUUCAUUUCAUAUCCUGAGAAGACAUUUUAGGAGACUCAUGCUGAAAUGGAACAUAAUAGCAUUUAAUCUACUUUCACUUUUUUUACUUCUAAAAAUGGAAUAUUCUCGCAAUUGGAAUGUCUCACUGCACUGUUGCCACACAGAACUGGUAACAGAUAUCUGUAAUGGAGUGUACUGAUCAGUGUAAAAAAUGUGUUGAGGAUAGUCUAGUGUAACCAUAGACCAAAGAAGUAGUUUCUUUCCUUAAAGAAAAACUACAAAGGCACAAAUGUUUUUUCUGAUUGUUUUGGAUCAUUGAUAUGUGCCUGGCAAACUUUGCUUUCAAAAUGCUUUAUUUAUACUUUAGUGCUAAAACUGUAGCUAGAGUUCUGUUUAAAAUAGCAACUUGACUGUUUAGUUCAGAUUUCAAAUACGGUGCUCAUACUCUGCCUUAAAUAAUCACUACUGACUCAUUAAACAUUUCAGGGCUCAGUUAUCAUUGCUUCUUUUGACUAUUAGAAGUGAUGCAAGAACAGAAACCCAAUUUUCACUGAAAUCCUUGAAGGAACUACAUGCCUUAUUUGGUGACUCACACCACAGCCACUUAACAGGCUGGUUUCAAUUGUCAGUUUCAAGGAAAACCUAGGGGUGUAAAGGUUUUUGAUGGGGGGGAGGUCUUUUUGGUUUUCAAAUAAAUGCAAGAAAUUGAGUUUGGAUUUGACAUAUAAGACUAAAUUAUGAUUAAGAUCCUUUUUGGUUUAAUAUAAUUUGUGUUUUUGUUGACUAGCAGCAGAAUUUCAGCAUUUGCUACUUACUGGUAGAGAAGAAAAAAACCCACAGCACUGCCAGUACAGGUUAGUUUAAUCUGUAAGUACCUGAUGUUUGUUUGAAAUCCUGUACUACAAAUACCAUGUUAGUACAUGAGGAUGGAGCCAUGUGUAAUCUGAAGAGGGUCACAUCUUGCUACACCUGAAAGUAAGAAAUAUACCCAGGCUCCUAUUUAGAAAGAAAAGAGAUAUUAUAAUAAAUAACAAAGUUGGGGUUAGUAUAUAGUUGCACUCUAGUGAGAACUGCAGCAAAGCACUUUUAAAUGGACAAUGAUUUGACUAAGUUCAAUUCAGAAACCUGAGUCUUGUGGGGUAAAUUGGAAUUUUUGGCAUUACAAAACAGGAGUAACAUUCUGAGUCUUUCUUCUUAGCAGUCCUUACAAACCCCCAUUGGCACAACUUUGUCAACAGAUGAGCAUAUCUUUGCUAUGAUGGGUAUUUACACUAUUCCUCUGAAACUCUUGGCCCUUGAAUCUCAACACCUCAGAGUGUAGAAAAUUCUGCUAGGUAGUCUCUUCUUUUCAGCUGGUUCUGAAUAUCCAAUAUUAUUUGUCUCAAUUUUCUUCUUUUGUUCUUGUUUCUCCUGUUUGUAGUAGUAGAUGAUGUGUUUCUGUAGUGCUGCUAAACUGGUGGUUUGUGCACAAAUGUAGUUGCAUCAUAUUAGAACUGCAUGUUUCUGUAUCUUUAAUUUUCUGCUGUUAUAUAUAGCCAACUUAGUUGUGGAACUUCUUAAAUGCUUAAAAAACUGCUCUGAAAGUAGCACACUAAAGCUGUUGGCAGACAUUAAGGCAUUUUAAGUAAAGUUGAGUACUGGCCGCAUAUAAGAGUAGAAAUAUCAGUUGUCUCACUAGUUCUGGGAAUAUUUUUGGCCUCUUAAUUGUUCCAUUUUUAUGAAACCCACUGCUGCCUCUAUUCUUUUGCAGUCUCCAUAUUAAUACUAGUUACAUGUUACAUGCAGAGAGUACUGGCUGUUCAAUAACUAUGAAACUUCUCUCCUUAGAAUUACUGAAGUCUCUACCUGAGCAGCUUUAGAAUGCUUCUUAAGACCUUCCUGUUUGAGCUUUUUCUGUGGGGUUGGGUUUGGGGUUAAAUAGGCAGAAUGAGGAAUUGUUCUAUGAGGAAUCAUUUAAUUUUAUUCUGAUAAUUGGUUAUUUGAGUGGUAUUAGUUGCAUUACCUCACAAUCCUUGGGCUGGAGUAAGCUGAGGCUGAAAAUAAUGUUAUUGCUGUCAUCUUAUGAGAGACUAAAUCUAUGUCAUACCUACAGCUAUAUGAGACUUAAUUAAAUGCUUCACAAAGCUACACUAAAUGAACAAAAGUUAAGUCUGUAAAACUAGCUGCACUUGCUCCAUAGUAAAUAUGGAUGCAUAUGCCAGAAGAACCCUCCCAUUAUGAAAAGCCUAUUUAAGCUAGGGUCCCCUUCAGAAUAUAUGGAAGUUCCUCAUUCUUUUAUUUCUCAUUUCAAUUUCUCUUGUUGUCAAGAUUGAAUAAUUGAUAGUUUGCCAUAGGGCUGUAUAAAUUUGGGCAGAAGCAGAACAAUGAUACCUUUUCACCAUUAUCAUCCCUCAGCUUCAGUUAAUUGGGGCAUCAUGCUGAAAAAAAUUACAUUGCCCAGGAUGAACUUUCCAGAAGAAACCGUGAACAUUCAAAAGCAGUCUUUCAUUUAGGAGACCUUUUCUUUAAUACACUAACACAAUGUAGUGUAAGAGGUAUUUGUCUGAGGAAACAUGAUGACUCACUUGGAUCCAGUUCUCCUUCCUUUAUUUUAAACUCCCCUUAUUUUAACUAUUCUUUUUUAACGUGUGAAUGAGUGUGUGAUUGUCACCAGGAUCCCAGUUUCUUAGAAAACUAAGCAUCUAGCUGACUCUUGUGAGAAGUAACAUCAGCAUGUUUUGGUCAUUUCAGGAAAGCAAUUUUCUGAGUGGAGAUGAGGGUUAUUGCUUCAUACAGACUCAUAAUGGCACAGUUAGGCACUAACUUUGAACCAGGAUCACAUUCAUAUUAGGUGUUAUUUGUGGGUAUUGAUAGUUUCUGAAUCAAGGGCAUUUCAGCACUGUUAUGCUUAUCAUACUGCUGAUGACAUUGAUAUGACCAUGCGCAUUUUGAGUAACCAAACUUUAUUUAUUUGGUUUGGCACAGCAACUUUAAUUUUCUAGAAGAGUACACACUAAACAUUUGGGCCUGUUGAUAUUUUAUAUAUUUGUAAGCAGCUCUACAUGGUAUGAAGUGGCUGUCUUGUCCUGCGUAUUGCAGCACAGGUGCUUUGCUAGUAAGUUAAGUGUCUCACUGAAGAAGUUUAUUGUCAAAUCAAGUACAAGAAACUGUGUAAUCUUACUCUGAUUUUAUGAAUGCAACUUAUGCAGUUCUGCAGACACCAGCAGUGACAGAAAGGGAGGCAUCUCAUUUCAGAUGCAACAAAUUGGUAAGUAUCUAGUUCUUCGAUGCUUCUUGUCCAUAAAUGUUUGUAGUUUCACUCAUGUAACAUUUUGCUGAUGAGAGUAACAUAGAGGAGAUGUGAAGACAACUUGCUUAUAUAUUUUCCAGGCAUGAUUCUUUUUCUGAAUAAACAUUCUCAUCUGUACUUAAAUUAAGCUGUGUACCUUCCUUUUCUAAAUUAAAUUUUGAAUCAUAGCAAA